AUGUAUAUAGAUCUGACUAUAAACAUUUUGGAGCUGUGUAAAUUAAUACAAUGAACCAAAUUGUUUUUUACUUAUUAAUUAAAAAAUGGGGCCAACGCGUAUCGAAAAAGAUGUGGGCAAGCGUAAAGAAAGAGUGGAUCGCCGAGAGCAAACUAAAGACAAGUUUGAUCCUGUUCGGCUAGAAAUUAAGUAUCCAGGAACAGCGAUAUUACUUUUGAAAUGUCAAGAAAAGCCUGUACUGUUAGCUGCAGCCGCAGCUUUGGCGAAAUAUGGUAGCAAAGCUAAAGGAAAUUUGGAAGUUCUGUUUGAUCUUGACAUUGUGGACAGCGUGAUUCCAUUGAUCACUCACGAAGAUCUGUUUACCAGAAGGUUUGCUGCAAAAUUGCUAGCUGAAAUGGUUACUAUUCCCAAUGUCCUUCAUUUCCUCCUGGAUUCUGAUUAUUACAUUCCACAUUUUGCAAAGGUCCUUAUCAAUGACAAUGAUUUGUUCAUGCAGGAAUUUUCCUCGUUAAUAUUAGCAGAAAUAUCAAAGGAUAUGUUUGGAGCAGCAAAAAUAUUGAAACAGUGUCAAAACAUGGAUUUUUUAUUUGAGAGAAUUCAGUCACCAGAUCCAGAUGUAAAGAAGAACAAUAUAGAAAUAAUAUACAAUUUGUUAGAAGAUCCUACAGGAGCGACAGCAAUUAUUAACACAAAGAACUUGAACUUGUCAGCAGUGUACCAGCUGUACAAUUCGGUGUAUCCUGAAAUUCAGAAGCUAGCCCUUAACGUAAUAGCUAAUUUAGUGAGCAGAAAUCAAGACGAGUAUUUGCAAGAUCUCUUUCGACGAUCAAACGGUCUCCAGGCUUUACUUAAGUUUUUAGACAAUGUCGAAUGGGAAGAUGUUCAUUCGGAAGCAUUUCGGAUUCUUCGGUUAGCCGCUGACAAUCCUGUAACCGCUGAAACAUUCGACGACAUUGGGGGUAUUAAACAGAUGUUGGGCUACCUGGAGGACACCUCUCACUCGAAGCUGUUCGUGGAAGCUCUUGAUGUAGCCGUUUGUCUGUCGCAUACACCGAGGGGUAGACAAGCCCUCUACAGAUACGGGAUCGUCGACUAUUUAUUGCGUACAUUAGUAGGCAAUGUGCAACCUGAUAUAUAUGAAAUCAGUUGCCAUAGUAUUGGAACGAUGAGUUUGUACGAUAAAGCAGCCAAGGAUCUAACUGAGAGCGGUUGUACGAAGAACAUUCUAGAUAUAAUGAAGAAUGAGAAUUUCAAGUGGAGUCCAAGGCACGCGGCUCUGUUUGCCUUGAAUCAAUUGUUGAAAUGCGAUGUUAAGAAUUGUGAAAAUUUCUUGAACGCUCAAGGACAGAAUUACUUUUUACGGCUGAUCAGACAACCGAUAGGGAAGAUUCCUGUUGAGAUUCUAGUAGGAAUAAUCGAAUGCUUGACAACAAUUGCAAGAAAUGAAAUUCUACGAUCUGCUAUCAUUAAUGCAGACACGAUUGAUGCCAUGUGUGCGUCUUUUGAAUUGACAUGUACAUCGAUGAACGAGUUCAAGAUCGCCUGCUGCAACGCUCUCUCCGUUUUCUGCAUCGACAAUGCUGGAAGAGUCGCGUUUUUGAAGGUUAACGGACCAAACCGUUUAUAUAAUAUGUUGUCCGACGUUAAGUCAACUGCAAUAAGGAACUCGGCCGCUCAACUGGUUCAAUUAUUAUGCGCGGAUCCAGUUUUGGCAGACGCUUUCGUCUCGGCCAGAUAUUUAAAUUAUAUGCUGAGCAACCGAUUGAUCGCGAGACUAGUUCCUUCGUGGGACACGUGCAUCGAGGCCUUGUUCAAUUCGCAUCUGCCAAUCAAGUUUGCUUUCACUGGACGACUUUCCUUACACGAUAUCACUCGAGAUGGGUUUUACGUUCUUCGGAGGAACGUUUGCAAAUUUCCAACAUUAGAUGAGAUUUUUCAUUUCAAGUUUUGCCCCUUGGAACCCAUUUACGUGGUGAAUUGUAUCCGGCCUCGUAAAUCAGUUAUCGAAGAAAAAAUAGAAGAAAAUCUAUCAAGUGUUGUACAAGGUAAAAUAUCUUUUUUUCAUAUCUUAUCCGUUCAAAUCCGAUUGUGGGAGAAAUAUUUCUGUUCAGAUAGCAGCGACAGUAGUAGUAUGCGGAAUGUUAGUAGACAAGAAAUCUUGUUAUCGAAUGAAAUCGGGAAGCUGAGGAUGGAUACGAAAUUUGCUCAUCUUCAAUGCGAUCCUUGUCUUAAUGAUUAUUUAGAGUUGUUCAAGUGCAAGCUUAUCGCUGCAGAGUCAAAAGAUGUAGCAUUGAAAAGUGAAGAAGGAUUGGUAAAUAUUAGCUACGUUGCUUCUCGCGUCAAGAUGUUGGCGAAAUUCGUGGCUCAACAACUGUCAGGACCGGAUCCAUUGAUCAGGUGUAUAGAGCAUCAAUUGGAAAUUCAUUUGAGAGAAAUCAUGAAUAGCAUUGAAACAAGCGUGAUACCGUUAGGAAUGUUACGCGUUGGUUCUUUCUUGGAAAGAGCGUUGCUUUUCAAAGUAAUGGCUGAUAGGAUACAUUUGCCAGCCGCAUUGGUGCGAGGAGAGUAUGGCAGAGCUUGGAUCGAGGUAGCGGUAGCGGUAGCAGCUGAGAAGACGAAAAGCACGAUCGAAGAAGAUUCGUAUAAAAGUAAUCUACAGAAGGGUACAUCCUGUUCAGAAAUGAUCACCUUGCAAGACUCUGUACUGCAAUCGAUAAACGAAGAGAAAGAUUCAGAGAGCAUCGAUUCAAUUUCUAUGGAACAGUGGUUCACGAUUUACCCAAAGAAACUGUUAAAACCGAAUUUCAUCGUCGAUCUGAUGAUUAAACCUGGAGAUCUGAUUCCAAUAGAGAGUCGUAAAGGAAAAUUAUACCGUGAGAAACAAUUAGUGUGCGAUACAGUGUGCUACGAUCAAUGAGAGACGAUUGUUUAAUAGCUUUAUUUCUCAGAUAUAUCUUAUAUGUAUAUAUCGGUAGUUGGAAAAUCCGUAUCUAUGUAUACAUAUAGCUAUGGACUGAACUGUGACUUUUACUUUCUUUGGACUUUGUAGAAAAUCGUAAAUCGUAACUUACAUCUAAAUGACUUAAUAAUAAAACGGAAACAAUUAUUUACAAUUAUAGUAUAACGCGUUUAACGCUUUAACAUAUGCUGUUGCUGUCGCUGUUGCAUAUGUAUCGUAUUACUAUUUAAUUAUAAUGGCAUAAUAAAUAGUGGCAUAAUAGCCACCAUAAUCGAAUGGUAUUUCAGGUAAAGGUGUUUAUUUUAAAUUGUGAAAUUCUCCGAGUUUCACUAAUCCAAAGAAACUAUUUUCUUUGUUGAAAAGGACAAACUUCGGGGAACUGAUCUCUUUUAAUUGCACAACGUCGUCUCUGUUGAGCCUCGUUACUUGGGCCGAGAAACAAGACUGACUGUGUAUGUGUGAGGUGCCCGAAUUGUCAAUCUGUGAAAAUACGAGUGAUAUAAGAGUACUUAUCAUGUUUCGUGUUUUAUUUAAACGUGUAUAAAGAACGUUGUAUAUUACGUAUUAUACGUACCAGACACUGCAAGAUUGGCUGAUUAUUCACUAGCAGAUGAAAACCGACUUGGUCGUGUUGAUCUUUGUAUACUAUUUGCGCGUACGCCAAAUACAAGCCAGACUUGUAGACGACAACGCUACCGUUCUUUGACAAAUUGAAAUGAUUGUUCAUACCGAGAUCGUUUACCCAAUCGUUGGCUUUCCAGGAGGUGAACGUCUGGUCUGCGUGACGGACUCUUCCAUUCCCGGUAUGCUCGUCGUUAGUCGCGAAAGCAUUCUUAUCACCGCUGUAAUGAACGGCGAAAAUCUGUUGUGGCGCGUCUACAUUCUUUCGUGACCUGCCUAAAUUCUUGCGAAGCUUUCGCAAAGAUCUUUUCCGAUUCUCCGAUACGCUUUUAACGUUCGAGUAAUAUUUCUUCGGACGAAUAGAUCUUACCGAUAAUAUCUUGAACCUGUACAAGGAAUGCAAGCGUAACGCUACUAGUAUAUUCCUUUUUUUCAUUUCUAUUUACGCGUACAUUUUUGCGAUCUCUUGUUGCAGACAGCUUUUCUUUUAAAUCAACAUGCAAAAAAAUCCUUAUUUUUAAGGAUAUAGAUGAGUUACGAUUAAUUAAAUAAGAUUGUCAACUUACUCGACAGCCGAAGAUGAGUUGGUUACAUUUCUUUCUUCGAUCGAUCUUUUACGCUUCAUAUUCAUUUUCCAAUCGAUAAGGAAAUUCUUCGCGUUUCCUCUGUCUAAUACAUCACGUUUUUCUUUCGUAUUGUUCUUUCUAUCAUCUGAUUUCUCUUUUAGGAGCUUCUUGGUUCUUUGGUGAUUGUGACCUUCCCGAGAAUGCUUCGUUUCAUACUUCCUCAUGGCUGAUAGCCAUUUGAUCAUCGCUUUGUUAGAAGCGGCUUCUGGAGGCGAGGGUACCGGUGCGAUCGUGGACGAGGAAUCUGGAAAAUCGGAAGGCCUCGCACCAUACGUCGGACCCGUGUGAUGAUAAUCUAAAGAAUAAUCGUGAGACGACAAGUUGACAUCGUCAUAAUUUGAAUCGUAGUCGGCGUUGUCGAUGUCCAGAUCCCCUGGAUCGUUAUCAUCGCCGUCGUCGUCGUUGUCGUCGUCGUUGUUGUCGUCGUCGUCGUCGUCGUCGUCGUCGUCGUCGUCGGAUUCCUCGGCGUACAACUACAAUUAAAACAGAAUUUUUAUAAGCAUAUAAUAUUAUUAAUUUUCGUAUGUAGUAUGGAAAUAGGAAAGAAAAAUAAACUCUGACCUGUUCUUCGAAAACUUUCACCUCGUCCAAGAGGUCCUUUUCGAGAAAACGAUGCUUCAAGUUUUCGACGCUUCUCUUGAGCUCCUCUAUCUCCCGUGCGUUCACCAUGGUCCAAUGAAAUUUCCAGCUUUCAAGAGCCAAACAAAGAAGAGCGAUCGAUAGAGCCGCGAUACUCAAUAUCGUGUGCCUGGUAGGUCGAAAACGAUACUUGUUGAAACCUUUUUCCAAUUCUGAUUGGGAAAUACUUAAAUUCUCUCUGGAAAAGCUAAGAAACGAGCGGCUCUCCUCUUUUCCAUGGACAUCGUUCAUCAACCUUUCCUUCAUCCUCGUAAUCUUUGUACCUUCUUCAGGCAGCAUGGAAGUCAUGUUCUUUGAGGAAAUUUUUCAUUAACAAAUAAAUGCAUGUGUCAAUCACGUGUUGCUCGCAUCUUAUCUCUUGAAAA